CCACAAACUACGGGCGGGUGGGGCUGGAAGCUGCGGGAGUCCAGGGUAGCUUCCUACCGCGCACCUGAGAGCUGACGCCCCUAGUCGUCGAGGCUGCGCUCGCUCUGUCCCAGACGCCAUGAACCGCUUCAAGGUGUCCAAGUUUCGGCACAUGGAGGCCCGGCCGUCCCGCCGAGAGGCCUGGAUCAGUGACAUUCGUGCUGGAACUACCCCCACAUGUGGGAACCACAUCAAAUCAAGCUGCAGCUUCAUUGCCUUCAACUCCGACCACCCAGGUGUGUUGGGCAUCAUAUCUCAGGAAGGCCAUGGAGAGAGCAAGAGGCACGUGGCCUACCUUGGCUGCCAUUCAGAUCUGGUCACUGACCUGGACUUCUCUCCAUUUGAUGACUUCCUCCUGGCUUCAGCUUCAGCCGACAGGAUGAUAAAACUCUGGCGGCUGCCAAGCGCCGGAGACACCCUCCCCUCUGCGCCUGGAGUGGUGCUGGGUCCUGAGGAGCUUGCAGUAGAAGCACUGCAGUUCCAUCCCACGUCAGAUGGUGUUCUGGUGAGCACAGCUGGCAGGGCUGUGAAGGUCUGGGAUGUAGCCAAGCAGCAGCCCCUGACAGAGCUGGAGGCCCACAAGGACCUGGUGCAGAGUGCUGUUUGGAGCCGGGAUGGAGCCCUUGUAGGCACAGCAUGCAAGGACAAGCAGCUACGGAUCUUUGACCCCAGAGCAAGAACCAAGGCCUCUCAGAGCACACAGGCCCACGAGAACAACAAAGAUACCCGGCUGGCCUGGACAGGCAUGCAGGAGCAUCUUGUAUCCACCGGAUUCAACCAGAUGCGGGAAAGAGAAGUGAAGCUCUGGGACACCCGCCGCCUCAGCAACGCCUUGGCCUCCGCCACCUUGGACACCUCGCCUGGGUCUCUGAUACCCCUGCUGGAUCCAGACUCCGGGCUAUUGGUUCUGGCAGGAAAGGGUGAGAAUCAGCUGUCCUGCUACGAGGUGACGCCACAGCAGCCUGCGCUGAGCCCAGUGACCCAGUGUAUUCUGGAGAGUGUACUGCGAGGAGCAGCCCUUGUCCCCCGGCGAGCACUGGCUGUCAUGAGUUGUGAGGUGCUCCAAGUCCUGCAGCUGAGUGACACAGCCAUCAUACCCAUCAGCCAUCAUGUACCCCGAAAAGCUGUGGAGUUCCAUGAGGACCUGUUUCCUGACACAGCCGGCUCUGUGCCUGCUUCUGAUGCCCAUGCCUGGUGGGCUGGGGACAAUCAGCAGGUACAGAAGGUCAGCCUCAACCCAGCCUACCAGCCCCACCCCAGCUUCACUUCCUCCCUGGUGCCCACUAUGGAACUGCCCUCGGACAUGGCCCAGCCUGCAGAGACUCCCAGGGCUGACACAGACCCAAGUGAGGGCUUCUCUUCCCCUCCCAGCUCACUGAUCUCACCCUCCACGCCAUCCAGUCUGGGGCCUUCACUCUCCAGCACCAGCGGCAUCGGUACCAGCCCCAGUCAGCGGUCACUCCAGAGUCUCCUGGGCCCCAGUUCUAAGUUCCGCCAUGCUCAGGGCACCGUCCUUCACCGAGACAGCCACAUCACCAACCUUAAGGGACUCAACCUCACGACCCCUGGCGAGAGCGACGGCUUCUGCGCUAACCGACUGCGUGUGGCUGUGCCCCUGCUCAGCAGUGGCGGGCAGGUGGCUGUGCUUGAGCUACAGAAGCCAGGCCGCCUGCCUGACACGGCCUUGCCCACACUGCAGAAUGGGACAGCUGUAAUGGAUCUGGCCUGGGACCCCUUUGACCCAAACCGUCUUGCUGUGGCUGGGGAGGAUGCCCGGAUCCGACUUUGGCGAGUGCCCCCGGGAGGCCUUGAGAAUGUUCUCACCACACCCGAGACUGUGCUCACAGGCCACACAGAAAAGAUCUACUCUCUGCGUUUCCAUCCCCUGGCUGCUGACGUACUGGCAUCCACUUCCUAUGACCUGACUGUUCGCAUCUGGGACCUUCAGGCUGGGACUGAGCAGCUGAGGCUGCAGGGCCAUCAGGACCAGGUAGGACAGCUGCAGGGCCAUCAGGACCAGGAGGGUCCGGGACCUGAAGGUGGCCGUGGAGCCCGCAUUGUCUGGGUGUGUGAUGGUCGUUGUUUGCUGGUAUCUGGUUUUGACAGCCGAAGUGAACGCCAGCUGCAGUUGUACAUGACUGAUGCCCUAGCAGACGGCCCCUUAGCAGUGCUGGGUCUCGAUGUAGCUCCUUCAACCCUGCUUCCAAGCUAUGACCCUGAUACUGGCCUGGUGCUUCUCACUGGCAAGGGUGAUACCCGUGUGUUCCUGUAUGAGGUGCUCCCAGAGGCCCCUUUCUUCUUGGAGUGCAACAGCUUCACAUCAUCUGACCCUCACAAGGGCUUUGUCCUUCUGCCCAAGACUGAGUGUGACAUUCGGGAAGUGGAGUUUGCCCGAUGCCUGCGGUUACGCCAGACCUCCCUGGAGCCUGUUGCUUUCCGGCUGCCCCGAGUCAGGAAAGAAUUCUUCCAGGAUGAUGUGUUCCCGGACACAGCUGUGAGCUGGGAGCCAGUACUCAAUGCCAAAGCCUGGCUGGGGGGUGCUAAUGGACAACCCCAGCUACUGAGUUUGCAGCCCCCGGGCAUGACCCCAGUGAGCCAAGCCCCCCGUGAGGUCCCUGCCCGAAGAGCUCCAUCCUCAGCACAGUACUUGGAAGAGAAGUCUGACGAACAAAAAAAGGAAGAGCUGCUUAGUGCUAUGGUGGCGAAGCUGGGAAACAGAGAGGACCCAUUGCCCCAGGACUCCUUUGAAGGGGUGGAUGAAGACGAGUGGGCCAAGUACCUGGCCCAGAUCAUUGUGAUGGGUGUGCAGGUGGUGGGCAGAGCCUUUGCCCGGGCCCUGAGGCAGGAGUUUGCAGCAAGCCAGGCAGCUGCUGAUGCUCGGGGUCGUGCUGGGCACCAGUCUGCAGCCGCAUCCAACCUCUCUGGCCUCAGCCUCCAGGAGGCCCAGCAGAUUCUCAACAUCUCCAAGCUGAACCCUGAGGAGGUCCAGAAGAAUUAUGAACACCUAUUUAAAGUGAACGAUAAAUCCGUGGGUGGCUCCUUCUACUUGCAGUCAAAGGUUGUCCGUGCAAAGGAACGCCUAGAUGAGGAACUCCGAAUACAAGCCCAGGAAGACAGAAAGAAAGGGCAGAUGCCCAAAACGUGACUGCUGGGCACACUCCACCCCACCCAUUGCCUCAUAAUUUAUAGCUUGGUAAUAAAUGUCUUUUCCAUGUUU